GGGUCUUGAUCUAGCGACUUGGUCUCUCCCUAGUCGCAGUCCAAUUGACAACACCCGUGCUCGACCAAGCAGGCCCCCGAGACCUCGGACAGCCCCAAUGCUUCGCCCAAGCUUCCUCCUUCGGGCCACGGCACCCACCCGGCGCCUCCUACCCCCCCGCCUCGCCUCUCCCCGACUCCUAACCACCGCCUCCCCGGCGCAACCCACAGACGCCGCCCCUUCCCCGGCUCCCACACGGACAGUCACAGAGCCAUUCACAUCUACAACAACUACAACUACAGCAACAGCAACACCAGCAGCAGCAGCAACAACAACAACAACAACAGCCCCCGUCAGCCGCCCCUACUUCGUCUCCCGCACCCCAUCCAAGAACCUCCCCGUCUACCAGGACGCCAAGCGCGGUGGCAACCUGAAGAUGACGUACCUCAAGAAGGUCGAGGGCGACGCCCAGGCUCUGAAGCAGAACCUGGCCGAGCAGCUGUCCCUGCGGCCGGACCAGAUCCGCCUGAACCCCGUGACGGGCCACAUCCAGAUAUCCGGCCAUUUCAAGGACAAGGUCGCAACGUAUCUAACGGAGCAGGGGUUUUGAUUGAGGCAACGUUGGCCGGGGGGGGAAGAGGGGGGAGGGAGAGUGGGAAAGCGUCGAAUCGCUGGGACGUACCGUCGGCGAGGUUCUGUUCUGGCGCGGG